AUGACUGAUAAUAAUAAGGUAAAUUCACCAAUACCUGAGCAUAGAAAUAGGUUCAAAAUAUCUUCGCCAGUUAAUGAAAAUAGAAGUGGAAGAUUUGCAAGUCCAUCACCAAGUAUUAGAGUCAUUUCAAAUCGUCGAGUUCAUAAUGAACGAUCAACUUUAUUAGACAAAUCAACAAAUUCACAAGAUUCAAAUACAUAUAUUCCAGAUGAUAAUUCUAUAAUAGUCAAAGAUACUGAAUAUUAUCCUACAAAUACAAAUAGUGUUGAAAAUUUGACUUGGAGUGAAAUUUUACCGUAUUAUUUACCUUGUUUAUCAUGGAUUAAACACUAUAAUUUACAAUUUUUCAUUGGUGAUUUGAUUGGUGGUUUAACAUUGGUGUUUUUUCAAUUACCUUUAUCAUUAAGUUAUGCGACUACAUUAGCACAUGUGCCAGUUAUAAGUGGUUUAUAUUCAUUGGGUAUUUCUCCAUUAAUUUAUGGAGUUUUUGGUUCUUGUCCACAGUUAAUAGUUGGUCCAGAGUCUCCAAUUUCAAUGGUUGUAGGUCAGGCUGUAGAACCAUUGUUACAUCAUGCAAAGAAGAAACAAUUAGAUCCUUUAGAAUAUGUUGUCGCUAUUACAUUUGUUAGUGGUGCUACUUUAUUAGGUUUUGGUUUAGGUAGAUUUGGUUUUUUGGAUAACGUACUAAGUGGAUCAUUGUUGAAAGGUUUUAUAUCUGCUGUUGGUAUAGUUAUGAUUAUCAAUGCAUUGGUUGUUACUUUAGGUUUAGAAGGUUUAAUGAAGGAAAUUUCAGAUGAUCCAUCGCAAAUGGAUAUUCACUCACCAUUUGAUAAACUUAGAUUUUUGUUAUCCUAUUUCACACAAUAUGACACUUUAACGUUGAGAAUCAGUUUAGUUGGAUUUUUGAUUAUCAUGGGUAUACGGAUUUUCAAAAAAAUGUCCAAGAAAUCAUAUGCUGUAUUUAUACCUGAGAUCUUAUUAGUUGUUGCUGGCUCAACAAUACUUUGUGAAUAUUAUAGAUGGGAUUUAGAAGGAAUUGAAAUAAUAGGAAAGAUCAAAAAUCAUAACGAGUUUAAAUUAUACAAUCCAAUAUCCUUGAAUAGUUGGCAUUUGAUUAAAAAAUUAUCUUCAUCUGGAUUAUUAUGUGCAAUGUUGGGGUUUUUUGAAAGUACAACAGCUUCAAAGUCUUUAGGAUCAAGAUAUGAUUUACCAAUUUCAUCAAAUAGAGAAUUAAUUGCACUUGGAAGUAUUAAUAUCAUUGGUUCUUUGUUUGGAGCAUUACCUGCAUUUGGAGGAUAUGGAAGAUCAAAAGUUAAUGCAAUAUCUGCAAAAACAACAAUGUCAGGUGUGAUAAUGGGAAUUUUCACUUUGCUUGCAAUUGCAUUCUUUUUGAAAUAUCUAUAUUUUGUUCCUCAGUGUAUGUUAUCUGUUGUCACUGCAGUUAUUGGUAUAUCGUUAAUUGAAGAAGCACCGUAUGAAGUUUAUUUCCAUUGGAAAGCAAAAGGUUAUGAAGAAUUAAUUACUUUUGGAAUUACUGUAUUUUUCACAUUAACUUUUUCAAUGGAACAUGGAGUAUUCUUGGGAUUGAUAUAUUCACUAAUUCGUGUUAUUAAAAACUCAGCAGAAUCAAGAAUACAAAUAUUAGGUAGAUAUCCGAAUACGAAUACUUUUAUAGAUGCUGAUAUUCCAACUACUACUCCUGAUAAUCUUGAAAAAAGUGUUCAUUUAAACUUAUUUAACGACUCUCAGCAAAGACAAAUUAAUAAGAAUGUUAUAGAAGAAGUUGAAGGUUGUUUAAUUAUUAAAAUUCCAGAACCUUUAACUUUUACAAAUUCAUCUGAUUUAAAUGCAAGAUUGAAAAGAGUUGAAUUAUAUGGAUCAACUAAAGCACAUCCAGCAUCUAAAAGACUGAGAGAUAAGACGAUGAAUAAGUACAUUAUAUUUGAUUUAAAAGGAAUGACCGUGAUUGAUUCGUCAGCUUUGAGAAUUUUAAAAGACGUGAUAACUGGUUAUAGAAACAGAUUUAUAAAAACAUUGUUUGUCAGAGUCUCAAAUGAACAAGUAGUAGAGAAAUUAAGACAAGCUAAGAUUAUAGAAUUACUUAUUCAAGAUUUAUCAGAUUUAAAAUAUUUUUCAAUGCAACAAAUUGCUGAAAAUAAUGAUAAUGUAGAUCAAGGUAUAUUGUCAUGUUACAAUUUAAUUGAAGAUAUAUACAAUAAACCAUUCUUUAAUCGAAUAAGUGAUGCAUUAAAAGUUAUAGACUGUUAUGAAACUUCUUUAUUAUUAGACGUAUAG